AUGUAUUUGAUUUUAAGCAAUGAUUAUAAAAUUAGAGAAUGCUUAGCUUUUAAUUUAAUAAAGUUAUAGUAAGGAAUUAAAGAAGACAAAAUGGUAGAGUUUUCAUCAAAACUGAUUCAAUACCUUUGGGUUUUUGAAAAAGAUUAAAGAGUCAGAAAUCUAUUGAAAAAUAAGGAAUUAAUUGAAAUGUAAAAACUUUUUUUUUCUUAGGAUAUCAAAUCUACAUCAGAGUAAAUAAAAUAAGAAAUAAAAUUAAGAAUCAACAGCAUAGAAAGCAUUUCAUAAGAAAUAAGACUUGAAGGAAAUUCAUAAAUUAAAGAGCAACUUAAAUAAUAACUAAAGCUAGCUUAUGAAGAACUUGAACAAUAUAAUGAUAAUAUUACUGAAAUGUCGGAGAAAAUGGAUAUAAGUUUAAUAUUUUUAAAGGAUAUCUCAAAAGAUGUGAAGUAAAUAAAAAGUUAGAUUGAUAAUUUAUAAGAGAGUUUAAAUUAAGUCGGUGAUGAUAUUCGUAAAUUAAAAGGAAAACGAUAUGAUGAAUUAUUAGAAAUAAGAAAAUAAAAGAUAUUAUUAUAAUCUAGAUUAGCAGAAGUAGAUUCUGUAUAUGUAUAAUUAAAAACUAUUGAAUAUGAUCCUGUUACUGGGCAAAGUAUUAAAUCCAAAGAUGGAGUAACAAUAACCAAUUUAAUGAGUGAAUAAUGGAAUGAUUUCACAGGUGAAGUCAAUGAAUUUAUUUGGGAUGAAUCUAAAUCAAAUGAUGUUAUGUUACUUUCAGGAAAUGCUGGUUCUGGUAAAAGUAAAGCAGCUAGAAAAAUUGAAGAAUUUCUAUGGAAAUAAAGAGAAAUUAAUUCGAAAUGGAUUCCAAUCUUUGUAUCACUUCCAACUUUAAAAAAUCCAAAAUAUAAUUUAUUUGAAUAAGCAUUAGAAUCUGAUAAUUAUUAAUUUGAUAAAUAUUAACUUAGAGAAUUUAAAGAUGCGAUUUAAAAUAAAAAAGAAUUUAUCAUUUUAAUACUUGAUAGUUAUGAUGAAAUGAAAUAAGAUUGUAUCUAAUAAAAUCUCAUUAUUACAAAUAAGUUAAUUAAUGAUUUGAAUAUUGAUGAAAAUUAAAAAUAAGUCAAGAUAAUCAUCACAACCAGAAGAGAAAUAUUAAACACUUUGGGUUAUUAAACUUGGUUCUAUGGGAAUAGCAUAAGGAAUUUAAAAGAAGUAUAGAUCUAGGAUUUCGAUGCAGUUUAAAAAAGUAAUUAUUUAAUUCAAUAUGCUGAACUUAGUGUUAAGAGAAAAAUAAGAGCAGUUUAUGAUUUCUUGAAAUAGAUUUCAUAAUAAAACUUUAAUUUAGAUGAAUUUUUAAAAAUAUGGUACUAUGUUAAUGUAGAAGUUUAAAACAGGAUUUAAAGUUCAUAUAAAGAAUAAUCAGAAUCAAUUUUUGAAAAUUCCUAGAGGGAAGAAUUAAUUAACAAAAUUUUAUAGCAUUCUCCAUUUAAUUAUUUAAAAGAGGAAUAGAUUACAGGCCUCAGGAAAGAUUUGUCAUCUUUGUGGAGUGCUUAUAAAUUUGAAAAGGCCAUAGAAAAUGUAGGUAUUUCUGAAUUAUUAUCAACUCCCUUCAUGUUUGAAAUUAUUGUCUAAGUUUUACCUAAUAUGGCAAAGAAAUAGUAAGGUUCGGUGGAUUUAAAAAAUAGAUUUGUUUAGAGCUAUCUCAGUAUUAUAUAAAAAUCUAGUUUUUCUAAAUAUUUAUAAGAGAAUUACAAAAUUAAUUUAGAUUAAAAAGAAAAUAAUUAAGUAAUCCAAACAAUUUUUGAUGGAAAAAGCUAAAAUAUCUAAUAUUUUGAGAAACUUGAAAUUUCAAAAAUCUAAACAAAACCUGCUGAACUUUUAGAUUAAUUGGAAAGCUUAAAAUUUUUUUAAUUUUACUCAAUAACUAGCAUUCUUAAAAUCGAAAAUUAAAACUUACUAGUUGAUAAUUAGUCUUUUAGUAUCUCUAGUCAGGAUAUAGAAUAUGUAGUUUAAGCCUUAAAGAUGAAAAAGUUGACAAUAUUUGAGUUCUAUGAGAGUUUUAUUCAUUUUUAUCAUGAUUAACAAAUUCAAAAGUUAAGAGAGACAGGUAAAAUUUCAAAUUGGGAAAGUUUUUAAAUAGAUAUAUUAGAAUUUUCAUCUAAUUUAGCAAUAGAUAUGACUAAAAAUUAACUAUCUUAAAUCACGUAUUAAUAAAAAGGAAAAUUGAAAUUAACAAAUAAUUAUAACUGGUAAUAAAAUGAUGAUGGUUGGCUUGAUGAUUAUUUUAAUGAUUCAUAACAGGAACUUGAUUAUAAUAAAUUAAUACGAAGUUGUAUUCUCUUAAACGCUAAAGGAAGUAUCUAUUCCUUUACUCACAAAUCUAUUUAAGAAUUUUAUGUGGCUAAAUUUAUAAUAGAUUUAUUGCUUUAAGCUGGCUCUUAAUUUUUGAAUGAGAAAAAUUAAGAUGCAAAAUAUAUUGAAAGAUGGAUGAAAUAAUUAUAUAAUAAACCUGAAUUAAAUAUUUCCAAGGAUCAUUUUAAAGGAGUAUUAAAUUUUAUUAAAGACAAAAUAGGUAGUCUAGAUAACAUAAAAAGAGUUCUUAUUAAUAUUGUUAAAUUAUCUAAAAAUAAGUAAUAUAUAUAUGCUGCUUCAAAUAGUAUUUUCUUAUUAUCUUAAUUGGAUGUUUAUUUAGGAUAUGAAAAUUUUUCAGAAAUUUAGUUAAUUGAUACUAAUAUCUCAGGUUUAAGUUUUUGUAACGCAGAUCUAAGUAAAUCUAAAUUUACUAAUAUUAAUAUUAAUUCUUGUAAUUUUAAUUAUGCUAAUUUGACAGAUAUUGAAUGGAAAGAUGUAAGAUGUAAAGAAAAACCAUUUUUAAAAGAAGAUGAACAAGUUAAAGUUGUCGAAUUUUCUUCAAAUGGUAAAUUAAUUGCAUCAAAUGGAAAAGGAAAUUUAGUAAGUCUUUGGGAUGUGGAAAGUUAUAAAGUCAUUUAACAAUUAGAUGGUCAUUAAGAUUAAAUAUUAUCAAUUGCCUUUUCACCUGAUAGCAAAACUCUAGCUUCUGGUAGUAAAGAUAAAACUAUAAAAUUAUGGGAUAUUUAGAAUCCAUAAAUUAAGUCUUUGAUAUCUACCAUAGAUUAUCACGACCAUCCAGUCACAGGAGUCAAAUUCACUUUAGAUGGAAAAAAAAUAGUUUCAGUUGAUAGUUCAGGAAUUUUAAUAAUUUGCAAUUUGGAAGUUAUCACAGAAAAACCGAAGGAUAUUAUAUUUUAGUGUCAAUAGGAAAUCUUGGUUUACACUUUGACAUAAGAUGAUUAAUUGAUUGCUUUAGGCUUAGCAGACUCUACUAUUAAACUAGCAAAAUUAAAAGCUGGGGUUGAAAGGAUUUUGGUAGGUCAUACCGGAAAGAUUCAGGCCUUAGCUUUUAGUAAGGCAGGAAAUAGAUUAGUAUCUGCAUGUACAAAUUUACUAUUAUUAUGGGAUUUGAAAGAUAAAUGUAAAUGCUAAGUUUUAUCGUUUAAAGAAUAUUAAAUCUAAUAUUUAACCUUACCCAAUGAAAGAGAAAUAGUCAUUGGAACAGAAAACUAUUUAGCCUAUGGAGAAUUUUAGUAUGAUGAUUCUGCCUAUCUUGCUAAUAUAUAGUAUUCCUAUCAUGUUUACUUAUUCCCUAAUUCUAAUUUUGCUGUUAUUGUUUAAGAUUAAACACUAUUAAUAUUAGAUCUUAAUACUUAAGCUAUUAUUAAUAGUAUAUAUUUUGAUUAAGAAAUAACCUAAAUUGAUAUUACUAGUAAUGAAUAGAGAUUAAUAAUAAAAGGAAAAAAAGUAAGAUAUUGGGAUUUGAACACUUUCCAGGAAGUAAUUCUUAGUAAUAGAUAAAAAAAUUCAUUUUAUAAUUAGGAUUUAAUAUUUGAACAAUGUUAAAAUGAAAUUAUUAUUUAUGAUGAUAAAAAUUAGUAUUUCAAUCAAUCGGAAGAAUAAGAUUAUUUCAAUAAUAUCUAAAUAACACAAUUUUCACUCUAAGCUAAUUAUUAAAUAAUGGCCAUGAUAAGUAGCUAAUCCAAAUAAAUAUCUUUAUAUGAUUUUAAAGAAAAAAAACUGAUAGAUAAAUAAAUUGAAAAUUAAAAAAAAAUUUCUGCUCUGGCUUUUUCUCCUUGCAAGCCAAUACUAUCUACAAUACUUGGGGAUGGCAGCUUAUACUUUUGGAAUAUUAGCAAAGCUCCUUAUGAAUGUUAGAAAUUCAAAGAAAUAGAUGAGCGCAUUGAAAUAGAAUAAAUUAUCUAUUCUCCUGAUGGCUCCUUAUUAAUUAUUUAGACCGAUGAUGAUAAAAUAAGAAUUUAAGAUGAAAUUAAUGGAUCUGGAAUAAAGAUACUUGAUUAAUAUAAGGCCUCUAGGGGAACUAUUUUAGUAUCAUAUGACAAUAAUACCUUGGCUAUUAUUUAAGGAUUUAUUUAGGAUUAAAUAAUUUUAUGGAACAUAAGCAAGAAUGAAGAAAGAGUUUUGGAAAUUGAGGAUUAAAAUUACAGCUCUCUAGUAUUUCAAUUUUGCCCAGAUGGAAUAUCUUUAGUAUGUUUAAGCGAUAAAAACAUAAUAUUUUGGAAUUAAACAUCGGGAGAGAAAAUUGUUAAUAAUAAACUUCCUUUAGAUUCAGCAUAUAAUAGUAUUAGCUUCUCUAAGAAUGGUAAUUUAUUUGUGACUGGUGGGAAUUACAUAAGGGUUUGGAGAUAUUUUGAGAAUAAAAUUGAGAUGAUUAAUGCUUAUAAACCUUAAAGUGUAAUCAGCUAAUUAUUGUUAAUUGAUAAUGAUCAAAAUCUUAUAUAUCUUAUGGAGAGAAAAUUAAAAAUAACUCCUCUCUCAAAAUGCACUUUAAAAGGAAUAAUUCCUACUUCAAAAUAAUUUGGUUAAUUAUUAAAAAAUGGAUACCUUGUUACUAAAGAUUAUAAUGGUAUCGAAAUUUUUGAUUGUAAAUAGUAGAAAUCAAUAGCUUGUAUCGAUUAUAAACUUAAUCAUGUAGAGUUCUUUUAAGAUGGUUUACAUUGCAUAAUUUCAAAUAAAUCAAAUAUUGUUAAGUAGAAUAUUUGUUCGAAAGAGGAAAUCUUUAGUUUUACUAUUUGCGAAGAAAGUUAUUCUCUCAAACUCGGCAAAAACGAUUAGGUUCUAAUUUUAUAAUGUGAAAAUACAAUAAGACUAUUUAAUAUCUAAGACCCCUAAAAUAUAUAUGAGAUUCAAACCUAUACAAAUUAAAAACUUAUAUUCAUUUUCUUGGACAAGUAACAAUGA